AUGCGCACCGCAGACGGUCCCGGUCUUUUGACAGCGAAGGCGGCGGCGCUGUCGUCGCUGACAGACAUAUUGCAUCAAUCACCCGCGCUCCAUCACUGCCGUAUCGCAGUGGCAGCCGGUAGCCGCGACAACGGGUAUUCCGCGGAUAUAUACGCCCCGCUCCCACCCACACGCCCCUUCAUAGCUCCCCCCUCCCCCUCACAACUGCGAGAAAUGCCAGCGGAAACAGCCCUUCCGGAGGCGACGACCGUGUGUGUCGUCGGCGCGGGCCCGAGCGGGAUGGCGUGCGCGUUGGGCCUCGCGGCGCGGAGUAUACCUGUUGUUCUUGUGGAUGCGCUGGAGGCGGGGCAUAAUAGCUCGCGGGCGAUCGGGAUCCAGGCUAGUGCGCUGGAGGCCUUGAAUGCCACCCACCCACAACUGGUGACCGACCUCCUGAGCGACGGCAUCCCCUCCAAAACGUUCACGACCAUCGACCUCGCGGAGAGAGAGCUGCUCCGGCUGCGCCUCUACGACCUCGCGCAGUACACGCAGUUCCCGUUCAUGCUCCUCCUCACGCAGCACAAGGCCGAGCGGCGCAUGCGGGCCGCGCUGUCCGCCGCGGGGGUGCCCAUCCACUGGAACACGCGCGUUACUUCGUAUACCCCGUCCGACGCGGGGCACGUGGUCAGCUUCGCCUCGGGCCAGACGCUGACAGCGCGCUACGUCGUCGGGGCCGACGGGCACCACUCCACCAUCCGGUUCCUCGCUGGCAUCGCGCUGCUGAACCCGCUCACGCGCCAGCCGUCCGCGCCGUCCCCCGCGGACCCGAGCUUCGUCGUCGCGGACGUGCUGCUCGCGGAGCCGAUCCCGCCGAACCUGCCGCGCGACCGCAUCCAGAUCAUGGUCGGCGGCGGCGGGAUGGUGCUCUCCGCGCCGCUCCUCUCGGACUCGCCCAACCCGCGCAAGAAGAACUUCUUCCGGCUGUACCUCGGGGUCGGCGAGACGCCCCCGAGCAGCCCGGACCUGGCGUACGUGCAGGCGAUCCUGGACACGCGCGGGCCGGGCGCGGUGGUGAAGACGGAGCACGGGGUCGUGAAGGUGGAGGAGCUGCUGCAUGCGGCGCGGUACCGCACGCGGCCGGCGCUGGUCGAAAAGAUGGUGCAGCGCGCGGAGGGGAGGGAGGCGUGGACGGUGCUGAUCGGGGACGCGGCGCACGGGAACGCGCCGGCGGGCGGGCAGGGCAUGGCGCUCGGCAUCUGCGACGGGGCCGAGCUCGCGGCCGCCAUCCACGAGCACCUGACCGCACCCGCCGGGCCCGGACCGGACGCGAUGGACGUGUACGCCGCGCGAAGACACGCGGUGGCGUACCAGGUCGUCACGCUCGUGGAGGACAUCAUGCAGGUCGAGAAAGGCGGGAUGGACUGGAAGAGCCGGGCGCGGAAUAACGUUAUCUGGGCCGCGGGAAGGGUGGCGCCGGUGAAUAGGUUGUUGGCGUGGAAGAUUAGCGGGCUGGGGAAUAAGGAUAUCAAGGGGAAGGUCUGA